UCUUACUGAGCGUCCAAAUUAAAAAGGGACCUCCGCGUUUCACUUGAUAAUUCUCGCCUGUCUUUACUCCGCGAAUUACACAGGAAGUGCAUUUAGCAACCUGCACGGCUCGGUUUGUCUUUUGCAGACGUUUAAAUUCUCGCUUUGCUUGCUUGUUGUUUUUUUAAGCCCUGGAAGUAUUCUUUCUCAACACAAGGACGUGUUCUGUAGCUACGCGAAGAGCGACCUCGACUUUAGUAGACAUGUGUAUGAGACAGGACUGUCAAUUGAAGACCCUCUUCGCGGUUUUGCUUCUCGCUGCCGCCGUGGCCGAAAUACGUGGACAAGCUCCACAUGAAAGCAAUGGCAUCAGUAAGAGGACACUGGAACCAGACAGGGGCUCGUCACCACAGGACAGGGAAAGUGAAGUCUACUCUGUCACCACUGUCUCACCAGUGAACAUCCCCAACCACCAGCCUGUCCUCAAGGGCCUUCUGCUUCAUGAGCACCUACUUACAAGGGAUUUCCAAGGGGACCAGCACUAUUUCGGGAGAGAUGGCUCUGUGGCUGCAUAUUCCACCAUGCCAGGCUCGGUCUCUGCCUCAGAUGUAGGAGACCCUGUCACUCAGCUGGUGCCCCACGAGGACGCCCCGGCCUUCUCAGACAUUGCCACUACCGCCACUGCGGCUGCCACUUUCCCAUUAACCACAUUUUCUCCGACAACACCAAGGCCACCGAUGCCUUUCCCUCAAAAGAAGUCCUCUAAGCCAAAGGUGGCAGACAGGGUUGAGCCAACAACAGACUCUCUCACCACUCAAGUGACACCAAAUAAUCAAGGUUCAGUUACUGAAAACCCAGUGGGGAAAAUCUGGCCUCAUAGUUGGCAUGCUUCUCCUGCAGAGGCUACCGCUGCACCCUCUUUAAUGAAGACGGAGAAAGAGGAGCCCAGAGAAACAACACUUAAAAACAAGACUAGCUCUGAUCGUCCACUCCUCAACCCAACUUCCCAAGAAGAGGGUACCACCACGGUUAUCACCACCAUCACCACCAUGCAAACAGCAGAGCCAUGCAGCCUGAAUUUCACUGACCCCGAGGGUAACAUCGAAAUCCUGCAGCAGCUUGACUCUGGAGUGGAGUGUAACUACCUGGUUACGGUCUACCUGGGAUAUGGCAUUGAGGUUCAGGUGUUAAAUGUGAGUGUGUUGGAGGGUGAGCAGGUGACAGUGGAGGAUACGGGUGGCCGAGAACCCUUCAUCCUUGCUAAUGAGUCAGUCUUGAUCAGAGGCCUCGUACUACGCAGCUGGAGCAACCAGAUCUCCAUCCGAUUUCGUAGUGACCAACAGCACAACUCUGGAUUCCUCCUACUACAUUACCAAGCUUUUGUGCUGAGCUGUGCGUUCCCCAAAGAGCCUGCUUGUGGAGAAGUUUCUGUGACACACCUCCACGCUGGCGGAGAAGCCUACUUCCGCUGUUUCACCGGCUACAAGCUGCAAGGCCCCAAAAUGCUCACCUGUCGCAAUGCAACGACACCUUACUGGAGUGGAAAGGAGCCCCGAUGUGUGGCAUCCUGUGGGGGGAUGAUUAAAAAUGCCACCUAUGGGCGAAUCGUCUCUCCUGGUUUCCCUGGCAACUACAGCAACAAUCUAACGUGCCACUGGGUCCUGGAGGCCCCUGAAGGCCAGCGGCUCCACAUUCACUUUGAGAAGGUGGCUCUGGCAGAAGAUGAUGACAGGCUGCUGAUAAAGAAUGGCAACAACAUAGACUCUCCCCCAGUGUACGACUCCUAUGAGGUAGAGUAUUUGCCCAAUGAGGGUGUGCUCAGUACUGGACGUUACUUGUUUGUAGAGUUCACCACAGAUGGGACAAUGACCUCCACUGGUGCAGCCAUCAGAUACGAAGCUUUUGCUAAAGGUAUGUGCUAUGAGCCCUUUGUGAAGUACGGCAACUUCAGCAGCAGUGACUCCACCUACAGUGUAGGCGCAGUGGCUGAAUUCUCAUGUGACUCUGGCUACACGCUGGAGCAAGGCUCUGUGGUGAUUGAGUGCGUGGACGCACAAAACCCACAGUGGAAUGAGACAGAGCCGGCUUGUAGGGCUGUGUGCAGCGGAGAGAUCACUGACUCUGCCGGCGUGGUGCUGUCUCCUAAUUGGCCUGAGGCCUAUGACAAGGGGCAGGACUGCAUCUGGGGAAUCCAUGUGGAAGAGGACAAGAGGAUCAUGCUUGACAUCCAAGUUCUCCAUAUUGGUAAAAAUGACCUGCUGACCUUCUAUGACGGUGAUGACCUGACAGCGAAUAUACUUGGCCAAUACAGUGGCACACGGACACACUUCAAGCUCUAUACGUCCAUGGCUGAUGUCACUAUUCAAUUUCAGUCGGAUCCUGCCACCAACAUCUAUGGCUACAACAACGGAUUUGUGGUCCACUUCUUUGAGGUGCCAAGGAACGACACCUGCUCUGAGCUGCCGGAGAUCACCAACGGCUGGAAGAGCACAUCCCACCCUGACCUGAUCCACGGCACUGUCAUCACCUACCAGUGCUAUCCAGGGUAUGAGCUGGUGGGCUCUGAGAUCCUCAUGUGCCAGUGGGAUCUCAGCUGGAGCGGUGAUGUGCCGAAAUGUCAGGAAGUCCUGACAUGUCAGGACCCUGGAAACGUGGAGCACAGUCAUAGGGUGAUCACAGGCAACCGUUUCACCGUUGGAUCAACAGUGCAGUUUGUCUGUAAUAAAGGCUACAUCCUGUCUGGCAGCAGCAUCCUCACAUGCUACAACCGAGAUGCUGCUACACCCAAGUGGAACGAGAGGCUGCCCAAGUGUGCCCCUGAAAAGUACGAGCCAUGCAGGAACCCUGGAGCUGCCUCCACCAGUGUGCAGAGCUCUGAAAAGGCUUUUUACCAAGCAGGAGAGAGGCUGACUUUCUCCUGCCACCCAGGCUAUGAGCUGCAGGGUGAUGCCUCUAUCUACUGUAUCCCCGGACAUCCGUCACAGUGGAAUAGCACUCCCCCUGCCUGCAGAGCAUCUUCAACCCAAUAUGUGAACGAACGCAGGCUAGAUGUUGUGAAUAUGGAUUAUAGCAUGGAGGGAACCAAUAUCGCCCUUGCUGUUUUUAUUCCGGCUACAAUCAUCUUGGUGGUAGUCCUUGGGAUUUAUGUCUACUUUGCAAAACUCCAAGGAAAAACUAUCAGAAUGUCAACAUCCUCACCGCCGUAUGACAACAUGACGGAAGAGUCAGCUUUCGACAACCCUGUGUACGAGAGCGGACACUGGCAGACUCACUCUAGAUACUAAACAGUCAGUCUGUCCACUUUCGCUGUACUGCUGAAGAACUAUGAGGACAUAUGAAAAAGAUUAAGAGGUGUCCAUUUAGAGACCUUAAAGCAACAAUUGCUCAAGCUUUGCCUUCUUGGACCGUCUCUGCACUGCUCAUCUUUUUCCUCCAACCUUUCUGUUUCCAAAUUAUUUCUUUCCAUGUUCCCCUUUUUGUGGAUUACUGUAAAUAUUUAUUUCUGUCUGCGGUCAAAUCCGUGAAUCUGUGGAUCACCAUGGUGAUAUUUUUAUAAAUUAAAAUGGUGAUGACCGUUGGUGAUUGUAUGUUUUUGAGUACUUCUGAUGCCCUAUCCAGUAGCAAUUAGAGACUGAAGAAAGUGAUGCUUUGAUUGUUAAGAUCUGUUGGAUACCAAUUCCUACGG